GGAAGGGAUUGAUCCCCCUUCCUUCCCACCUGUCUCUAUCCUAAUUGACAGCCUUUCAUGAAGGUUACUGAAUGAAUAAAGAAGGAAGAGUGACUGGCGGGUGUCAAAGAACCAAGCCAGCGCUAACAAUAUCGCUCCCUCUCUGCCACUGGCCCAGCCAUUAGGCUGCUUUAUUCUUCUGGUCACCUGAGCAUGGGCCUAGAUCGGCGGCUAACCAUCCAUCCUAUCUGAUCGCUGAUCGUUGAAGCUACUCCUAACUUUAUUUCUUCAUAUCCAUCGUCCUAUUUCCUCACUUGAUAAUCAUCUUAUCUUACUUACACCCACAAUCGAGGGAGAUAAAUAAAAAGAGAAAGGAAAACCACAAAAAAAAAAAAAAAAAGAAAGAAAGAAAGAAAAGAAAAGAAAAGAAAAGAAAAGAAAAGAAAAGAAAAGAGAUCAAAAAGAAGAGGAAAAUGACAGCCGAACCCCUGAAAGCCCCCUCAGGCGGCUUCAAAGCCUGGUCCACCAAGAAGAAACUCCUCGUCGCGCUCGGCAUCCUCGCCGCGAUAAUCGCCCUCGCCGUCGGUCUCGGCGUCGGCCUAGGCGUAGGCCUCAACAAUGACGACGAUGAUUCCGACUCUGACUCCUCCGACGACUUCCCACCCGGCCACUCCACGCCCGCCAAAUGGCAACCCGCAGUCGGCACAACGUGGCAGAUCGAGCUUCUACGCCCACUCAAAGACACAUCCGUCGAUGCAAGCGUAUACGACAUUGACCUAUUCACGAACCCCAAGUCAACGAUAGACGGGCUGCACGACAAAGGCCGCAAGGUCAUCUGCUACUUCUCCGCAGGCAGCUACGAGAACUGGCGCCCUGACAAGGGCGACUUCGCGGCUGAGGACCUCGGCGCCGUGAUGGACGGGUGGCCGGACGAGAAGUGGGUGAACGUGAGCGGGAAGAGCGUGCGGGACGUCAUGUCCAAGCGACUGGAUAUGGCGGCCGAGAAGGGCUGCGACGGGGUCGACCCGGAUAAUGUCGACGGGUACGAUAACAAAAAUGGUGUGGGGUUGACAAAGGCGCAGGCGGCGGACUUUGUCAAUUGGUUGGCGGACGAGGCCCACGCGCGCAAUAUGUCGGUGGGGUUGAAAAAUGCGGCCGCUAUCAUUCCGGCUGUGAUUGAUAAUAUGCAGUGGAGUGUCAACGAGCAGUGUGCGCAGUACGAGGAGUGUGAUACGUACGCGGCGUUCAUCGAGAAGGACAAGCCCGUCUUCCACAUCGAGUAUCCCAAGGGCGAUACGACGAACAAUAACGCCCGGGUGUCGCAGACCAAAGUGGACAAGGCGUGUGAUUUCCAGGAGUCGGGGAAUUUCUCCACUGUCAUCAAGAAUAUGAAUCUGGACGAUUGGAUUCAGCAUUGCUAGGUAGGUUUCGCAAAUCUGCUUGGAUGCUGUUUUGUAUACUGUUUCAAGUCUCGAGUGUACGAAUUUCGUCUAAUAUCAUUCCAUCCUGUAUCUUGCCUUCUCACAUCCUGUAAUCAUAGCAUCAAUAAAUCAAGAAUAAAGCCACCUCGUAGCUCCACCAAGUCCAACCAUGGAACAACCCAAACAACAAAGACCAACACCAACACGAAACAACGCAACCAGCUCACCCCCGGUCUCCCCCGCCGACCGCCGACACGACGCGGACAUCGGCGAGUCCGUCCGCCCUAACGGCCCAACAGCAGACCUCCAAG